AUGCCGACAAACGCCGACCGUCUCCUGCUGCUAGCCGACCAUAUAAAACUCUCCCUCCUCGAAAGAUCUCGAGCCAUCUCCUUAAAACUCGAGCCAAAUACUGCCGAUGGAUAUAUUACCCGGUCGCUCGAGACUCUACGGCAAGGUAUCGAACAAAUCGAACAGGAGCAAACAAGACUCGAGCAAGAUGGCGAACUCUCUUCAAAAUCCCUUCAAGACCGUGAAGAUACCCUCAUAAAACUCCGAUCUCAUUACGACACCCUAACAUCCCAAUUUACUUCCCAAUCCGACUCUACAUCGUCAUCCACAAUCGACCUCCCAAAUGUCACCUCCAAGAAAGGGUUAGAUCCAAAUUCCCUACCUUAUACGGACGAUCCAGACCAUCAUCAUCACAAGGCUGCAAGAGGUUUAGCAUCAUACACCGACGAUGACACCACAGACUCCAGAGGCUCCCUCAUGGGAAGCAGCGCAGAUCUCACAGCCUCCACACGGAAGUCAAAACAAGUUCGUUUCUCAGAUUCUCUGGUGGAUACUUCCGAAAUGUCGAAUCCACAGGUCAUGACUCUUCAUCAGCGGAUAAUAGAAGAACAGGAUGAUACAUUAGAUAGGUUAUCAGAAAGUAUAACCCGACAAAGAGAACUGAGUAUACAGAUUGGUGAUGAGUUAGAUAGUCAAGGAGAAUUACUAGAUGAUCUAGACGAUGGAGUUGAUCGGGCACAAAGGAGAAUAACGGGAGCUAGAAAGAGGCUGGAUACCUUCGCUAGGAAAGCAAAGGAUAAUGGCUCAAUGGUCACGAUAGUAGUACUGAUCAUAGUCCUGGUACUCCUGAUCGCGCUAUUGAAAUAG